AUGAGAAUUGAUAAAAAAGUAUUUUCAGAGGCUAAUAGAGUAGCUACUCAACCUUAUUUUAAUUAUUUAAAAUGGAGUCCUACAUCAACUGCUAUGUUACCUUCAAAUAUUAGGACAUUUUAUAACCCAGUCUGGAAUAAUUUGGAAGAAGAAAAUAGCAUCAGUUCCAAUUCAAUGGUGAAAGAGGAGCAGCUUAAAGAAGAUAUACCAGAUGGGGAAAAAGCCUUCACUUUUGACACCGAGACAAUGGCAAUGCUAAUGUCUUCAUUUAUUUAA